GCCCCCGCAGCCUGGAGCGCACGAGGGGCGGGCCAUGGCCGCUUACUGCCUGGGCUUGGCGGGCGCCGCUUCAGCACCAGCGGAGCUGGACAGCGCCUGCUGCAUGGAGCUGCAGGGGGCGGCGGGAGCAGGAGCCGCCCGGAGCCCCGCAGCCGCCGCGGCCGCCUUAGCUCCGCUCCAGGGCGGCCCGGGGGAGCUGGAGCUGGCGCUGGAGGAGGAGCUGGCGCUCCUGGCCGCCGCCGGGGAACAGCGGCAGCAGCAGCAGCAAGCCGGGGAGCAGGACGCGGGGCCUGCCCCGGCCGGGCAGCAGCCCGAGCUGCUCUCGCUGAUCAGGCAGAAGGAGAAGGACUUGGUGCUGGCCGCCCGGCUGGGGAAGGCGCUGCUGGAGAGGAACCAGGACAUCAGCCGGCAGUACGAGCGGAUGCACCAGGAGCUCACCGACAAGCUGGAGCACCUAGAGCAAGAGAAACACGAAUUAAGGCGACGGUUUGAGAACAGAGAAGGGGAAUGGGAAGGAAGGGUGUCCGAGUUGGAGAGCGAUGUGAAACAGCUGCAGGAUGAGUUGGAGAAGCAGCAGGUUCACCUUCGUGAAGCAGAUCGAGAGAAAACACGAGCCGUCCAGGAACUAUCUGAACAGAACCAAAGACUCUUGGAUCAGCUCAGCAAGGCAUCAGAGGUGGAGAGACAACUCUCAAUGCAGGUCCAUACCCUUCGAGAGGACUUCCGGGAAAAGAACUCAUCAACCAGUCAACAUAUAGUACGACUCGAAAGUCUCCAGGCUGAGCAGGUCCUUGAAAUUAAGAUGCUUACCGAUAGGAAGCGGGAGCUGGAGUGUCGCCUUAGUGCCAUGAUGGAAGAAAAUGAUCUGCUUCAGGGAACCGUGGAGGAACUGCAGGAGCGAGUGCUGGUCCUGGAAAGACAAAGCCAUGAUAAGGAUCUGCAGCUGCAUCAAAGUCAGCUGGAGCUCCAGGAGGUGCGGCUGUCCUGUCGGCAGCUCCAGGGAAAGGUAGAAGAGCUUAGCGAGGAGAGAAGUCUACAAAGUUUCAACACAACCAGCACAUCCCUGCUAUCUGAGAUUGAGCAGAGCAUGGAGGCAGAAGAACUGGAACAAGAGAGAGAGCAGCUGAGACUGCAGCUCUGGGAGGCCUAUUGCCAAGUCAGAUAUCUCUGCUCUCAUCUCAGAGGAAAUGACAGCGCAGACUCUGCAGUCUCCACAGACUCCUCCAUGGAUGAGUCUUCAGAAACCUCAUCAGCCAAAGAUGUCCCCGCUGGCAGUCUACGUGCCGGUCUCAAUGAGCUGAAGAGGCUGAUACAAAGUGUUCUAGAUGGCACAGACUCCCCGAGUUCUCGGAGAAGUGAUGAUGAUGCCUUAGAAGAACAGAUCAGGCAAACAAGUGAGGACUCAAGAGCCCUGAGGGAGUUAAUGGAGGGAGAAAGAGGGAAGCUGAGGCAGAGCCUGGAGGAGCUGCAGAGACUUCACAGCCAGGUGACGCUGCUGAGUGUGGAGAUGACUGCGCUGAAAGAAGAAAGGGACAGGCUCCGAGGGUCAGCUGAAGAUAAGGAGACAAAUGAACAGCUUCUGAAGGCCAUCAGGGAUCGAGAUGAGGCCAUUGCCAAGAAGAAUGCAGUGGAAAUGGAACUAGCCAAGUGCAAGAUCGACAUGAUGUCUCUGAACAGUCAGCUGCUGGAUGCUAUUCAACAGAAACUGAACCUCUCACAGCAGCUUGAGGCAUGGCAGGACGACAUGCACAGGGUCAUUGACCAGCAGCUGAUGGACAAACAUCUGAAGGAAUGGAGCCAGCCUGCUUAUUCCUUCUCCAGUGGCUACAGAGCAAAGCGGUGUGCAAGACCCUCCCCCGUGUUCAGGCCGGAGCAGCAGGGGGAUGAGCCCAUUGGGGCAGAAAGGAACCGUCUCUUUUCCUUUUUCAAGAAAAAUUAAUGUGAAAGGAGAAAUCUUUCCAAUUAUUCCUGCUUAAAGCUGGGGGCAGCUGCCCAGCUUGCUAAUGGACCUGAAUCUGAUCCAAAAGGAAAAACGCAAAGGGUGAAGGAAUUAACCCUUGAGACUGCACUAUUUACAAUCCACCUGCUCUGAACAAAAAGUUUACAUGAAUUGGAGAUUUGCAGUUUGACAAUGUGAUACCAACUGAGAGCAACUUUUCUUAUUCCUUAAGCAAAGUGAUAAACUUCAGGGUACGUUUUAGGCGCUUUGACACAGGCCACUCAGUUUCUGCUGUGAAGAAUAAUCCAAUUGUCUUAAACUCAUUCUCUCAUGCUGGAGAAGGAAAUAAGCAACCCCAAGAUGAGGCAAUACAGGGGACUGACUACUAGUGUCACGGAAGAGUAGAGGAAAAGUUGUGGCCUUCAUACAACCUCCAGUCCUGGCAGCUGGGCUGUCCUGCAGAUUACACAGGCUGUAGUUGCACUGGUCCUGGGAACAUAACAUGUUUACAUGGGUGUAGCUUACUCUGUGGGGGAAGUCCUUACUGUCCUCUGCUUACGACCAGAAGUCUUUAUUCCCCCUGGUGCUCUCCAUAGCUACUCAUACUGCAUCAGGACUCCAGAUCCCUUCCAGCUCAGUGCAGUUAUAAUCUGCUAAUGCUGUGAGGUGACUCUAGGUCCCUGUUGGUCAGUUCCAGACCCCAGAGUAUUGAAGAUUUGAUCGUCGAGGAGCCUGAAUGUUCAGUGCUCCUCAGAUACCGACUCUUCCCCUCGCCUUGCUGUGGAAGUUCAGUGUAGCUCAGCCUUAGGGCCAAAGGCCUUGUGCAUCUUCCUAGUGAAAUCAACAGCCAAAAAUCUGAGUCGCUUCAAUGGGACUAAGGACUGGGCUCCAAUGACCUGCCAUCUCAAAGUCCUGAGCACCUAAAACUGAUUGAUUUGAAUAGGAAUGGGUUGUUGUGUGUCUGAAGAUCAGGUCCUAGGUGUAGCUCUUCCACUGCUCAGCAUUGCUGCAGUAGCUUUAGUUAUAGGGCUGAUCUUCAGGGCCAACCCAUAGCUCCUGUGUAUACGUUUUCUGCUACUCAGGCCUUGAUGGUAGAAGGUUGGAUCCCCUCAUGCUCAGUGUGGUCGUAGACUCUCCCCUUGUGGUUAGGCGGCUUUGAUCAACCUGGGGUGAGGAGUGUGAACAUGCUGCUGCUCUACAUAUAUGCACACACUUUGGUGCUAGAAGUCCUGCAGUACGUAUGAGAUUAUUAGUAGGGUUGGUACCUUCUGCAGGCCAUAUUACUACCACUUAGAGCUCUUCCUUUAAAACUACUUUACCACCAAUAAAAUAAGCAUUUCCCCUUUAGAGAAAGCUGACACUGGCAUGUUUAAGCAACAGCCUGUUCUAGAAGGGUUUUAUGCUGCUGUCACCUUUUCAUUUCCCAACUGCCAGUCUCCUACAGUCCUCUCCAAGCUGCACACCCAGCACAUGUGUGGGUGAGGAGAGGAAUCUAUAGCCAUGAUGUAGUGUAUAUUUGCCAUCCUAAGGAAAGGGGCUUAAGUUAUGCAAUGAAGAUGCAGUGAUAAGAAAGGUGCCUUUUGUUGCAUGUUCGCUGGAAGGGGAUAGUGGACGUGAGUCACAGUUGCGUAGGCCAGUGAUUGAAAUUCACAACAAAUCUCUUCACUUAAGGAAGGAGCUAGUCCUUAAUCUCCUUGCAAUAUUUUUUCAGUGGGAAGGUUGAUAGAGGUUGGGAAAGGAAAGCAAGCAUAUUCCGAGCUGAUGGUUGGGAUAUAGUUCUCUUGGACUUAAAAGUGCACCUCCAUCUGAGCAUGGGGGUUAUUCAGCCCAAAAAACGGGGAGGACAGAGUUAUGAACCAGGUCAGAGGAAACUGUCCUUGUGCUGAGCUGCUGUUGCUCAACUGCAACAAAACUACCUUAACACCAGAUACAUAAAACAGUGUCUAGCAGUACAAUCUCUCAGCAAAAUGUCACGUAGUUAAUGCUGUGCUUUAAGUGUCCUAAAUGUUUCAUCGUCCCUUAAACCAGUGGUGGGAAACCUGCGGCCCGUCCUUGCAGCCUGCAACAUUUCCCACAGCUCUCAUUGGCCAGGAAUGGCGAACCACGGCCACUGGGAGCUGCGGGCGGCCAUGCCUGUGGACAGUCUACGUAAACAAACUGUCUCAUGGCCGGCCAGCUACAGGCCGCCCACCACUGCCUUAAACUGUCACUGAGCACUCACCAUCAAAGACAGCACAGCUGAUAGGCAGUGAAAGGAGCCUGGAAUUAAUCCACUAUGAGGAGUUCAGCAUGCCAGCACCCCCUCCCCUGCCCCCCAGGGCACCUGACACUUACAAACCUAUUGAAAAAGGUCACUGGGAGGGAGAACACUAACUGGAGGAAGCACAGUAACCCAGCAGAGUAGAUUCCGUAUCCCAGGCAAGCAUCAGCCUACAGGGAUUAUACCACAGCACGGGAGUUGGAUCUGCAGCAGUCAACACCAGUACAAACUAUUUUCACCCAUCAGUACUUAAGGGAUAGUUCCAGGCAAUAUGGCAGGGACGUACAACAGUUGCACAGCUAAAGGAUGGAGGCUGCACAUUUCACACAACUGAACGACAAUUAUAAAGCAAUCUCACUGCCGCUGUGGGAAAACAAGCAAAUUUUUUUUGCUAGCUGGGGGAAGUUCCCUUUAGCAAAGUCUACAGCUGGGGCCUACUGUUAUAUAUGAGACUCGAGCAUGGUCCAGAAAAUAAAUGUAGAUGCAAGUCAAGUCACUAGCACUUUACUGUCUUAACACACACUUAGAUCAGCAAGGUACCAUUACACAAGAAAAUGAGAUCAAUUUAAGAAAAGAAACUGAGGAGUGAAGUCUAUGGCACAAUUUGUGCAGAGCAGCAAUAAAGUGGGCUUACAGGCAACAGUGCAUGCACGAGGACUUCAGGUGAUGCGUGUAGGCCUUACCCUAUCUAGGACUGAUAGUGGAUUCUGGACAUAGAGCAAACCCUCUUUACCAUUCCCACUUCAACCACUGCAAAGCAAGAUUGUUUUAACCAAAAGCUUAGAGGUACAAAGGACGUCCCUGGGUAAGAUAGUGACGUGACAGUCCCCAUAGACUGAAAGUGAAAAAGCACACAGCAGGGACAAACAGAAAGAAUGUAUCUAUAGAUAUGUACAUACCACAGUGCUGUAAUUUUUGUACGUAGAAGUAAUGUAAAUAAGUGUAUGGUUUUUAUAAGAUACGUAUUAUAUAAAUCUAUAAAGGCAUA